AUGCGCGCCGACAUCUAUGAGCACGCCGCCGGUACCCUUCUGCCUAGGUUGGCAGCAGACAACAUUGACAUCCCUUCGCAGGAGCACCCCGAGUUGACGAAAGACCGUCCUGCUCCGCAUCCUCAGCACGAUGCCUGUCACGCGAGGUUGGAGCAGCUACAGGCAGAACAGCUGUCGGGGAAGCGCGAGAUGGCAAUUCUUGAACGCAGCGUUGCUUUCCUGUCGCAUGUGAUGGGCUACACACCAGAGCAGGUGCAAGAUGCAGCGGUGCAACUCCUGCAAGACGGCGAUGGUGUCAAAGUUUGCAUCCUAGCAAAUAGUCGCACAAAACACGCGCCCCCUACCCCCCAGCGCCCUUCUGGGUUUGCUAAGCCCGGGCUGGAGAGUCCUGAGGAGGUCGUUAAGUGUACGGAUACGCGGGUGUCGCUUGGUGCAAGGUUCAUGGGGGAAGGAGUGCAGUUUCCGGCGAUGGCGGGAACACUCCCGCAACCCGGUACUAUACCGCACCUGGUGAUUUCCAGACAGCAGCGUGUGGCUGCUCAAGGCAUCCCCACUGUGCAGAAGGGCAUGGAGGCCGGACAGCCAAGGAACUUGGCAGCUGCACACCACGAGAGCCCCAGGGAGGGAGGCGAUGAUGAGGACGUUGACUGGUCGAGUUAUACCGGGUUAUCCGUCGAGAAGUCAACUGGGAAGUGGGCGGCUAAGAUUUUGACGUGGGAAGGGGUGAAACGGCGGCAGCAUCGACUCGGAGCAUAUACAACCCCCAGGGAGGCCGCCCAAGCGUUUGCCGCUGCUGCUUUUGUGCUGCGGCCCGGUGUGGAGAUGGAGAAAACCAUCCCCCUGACAGAUGCACAAAAGGGGUUGUUGAAGGGGUGCGACAAGGAUGCGGUGGCGAAGCUCGUGGGGGCGCGCAUGUGGUGGCGGUGGAGGAAGUGGGCGACGGUGGUGCAGGAACUGAAUGCCAAGAAGAAACGUGUGAGGAAGAGCCCGUCAGCUAACACACGGGGAAAGAAGAGGCAAACCAACGUCAACUGGGCGGGUGUAGGGGUUGUUGAAGCGAUGGGUAGUGAUGGUGGUGGAACUUUACAAACGGAGCUGGUACGUAAUGCUGGGCCCGACCUCAUGGAGAAAGAAGCGCAGUCUAAGGGUGCGAUCGGCAAGGAAGAUGAGGAUGACGGUGUUGAGGGCGAAGAGGGAGAUGAGGGCUCCGAGGGUGAUGCAAAAUACGUGUGCGAGGAAGAUGGUGACGAUGAUGAGGAAACCGAGGGCAUCGAGACCACUGAGGCGACACAACAGCGCGACUAUCCUGAUGCCAAAGAUUCCGAAUCGGCGCAGUCCGCGAGCAAGGGCGAGAGCAAUGAGGGGCAGGCUAAAACCAAGCCAGCCAACCAUGUUCAUUCUGUAGCGAUUAAUGCAUCAAAAGGGGGCAAAGAUAAACCUCUUGAAGUGGAGGGUGAUGACCCGCUGGUCGCCUUACGUGCAACACCAGAGGGGUCACAAAACCCUUCCGGGGAGGUGCCCGUGUAUGGCGCCGUGUUUGAUAGUCUUAAGCGGGCGCAAGAUGACAACGCUAAGACCGUGGCUCGGCUGGAAGAAUUUUUUAUGAAAGCCUUGGCAGAGAGUCCUGGUGGGUCAUGUCGCCGGAAAGCGGAGAAGCAGAGAGAUCCCGGACUCAGGUGUGCCAACCCGAAACAUCGCCGUGUGGAGGCGCGCAGUGACGCUUCUGAAGGCGACAAGGACGACGAGAGUGAUGAUUCGCGCCGGCGCCAUAUGAGGUCUUCAAGGUCGCCUGUGCUGCAGAGCGCGCUUGAUCUGCUCCCUGCAGACAAGGCGUGGAAGCGCAUGUGCGACCUAGUCAGGGUGUACCUGUUUAUGAGCAAGUCGUACGCAACGAUGACGUUUUACCCGAGUAGCGACGACAAAACCGACGGGGUUUGUGCGGUUUUAGACCGUCUGCCCUACACUUAA